CCCGUGCAACGCUCGUGCUGUGGUCAUAAUGUCUGCAGCGCCCGCCUGCUGCGUCUCCAAAUAAUAUUUUUGCCUCUUCAUUAAUAGAUAGGUCCCUGCCCGGCGCCUUGUUAACUGCUCCUUCUGGGCCUUCCUGGAGCCUAGAAACCGGAGCCUCUUCUGCCUUUUUCUGCACGUCGACUGGCUGUACCCAGUACAUUGCGACGAGAGGCGAAGACUGGCUGGCAGACGGACUGGACUUGUUGACAUUUCCCUCGUCCUAUUCUACAGCACACACGUGUCCAGCUUGCCACCAAUAUUGCGUGGCCCGACUUUCCUUUUCAACAAUUCUUUGUUGUGUUGAUCAGAUCGCAGCGGUGCACGACUGGCGCGCUCGCUUGCGACUUAGUGGCCAAGUCCCGCCGUCACGAUGUCUUACACUGGGGGCACUGGCGCCUUUGGCAACUAUGACCUCUCUGCACAGACUGGCGGCUUGUCCCUAAGCAGAACAAGAUCUCGCGAUCCAGUUGGGGACGAUGCCUCGCCGGCCCCUACCAAAACCACACCUACCAAAACCACCCCGAACAACGAGACAAGCACCACUCUGGCCGACAACGAAAAGACCGCCUCCACCACUGGAACUGGAACACCAGCUGCCAAGGCCGGCGUCCCUAACGAGAAGACCGCCAACUCUCCGAGUGAGACCGAUGAUGACGAGGUAGCUGAGACCCGCCGCUCCAACAUGGUCCAAAACCUGGCAAGGCAGUACACGAACAAGUCCCACGCCUCGGGAAUCACCGGCGCAAACCCCUUCGCCGAGCACGCAAACGACCCGGAUAGCCCUCUGAACCCCAAUGGCGACAAGUUCAACGCCCGCGCAUGGGCCAAGAACGUCGUGGAGCUGGUCUCGAGCGAGGGACACGGCUUUCGCACCAGCGGCAUUGCUUUCCAGAACCUCAAUGUUUUCGGUUACGGCGCUGGUACUGACUACCAAAAGGAUGUUGCCAACAUCCUACUGGACGUCGCCGGUGUGGUCCGCGGGGUCUUUGGUGGUGGCAAGAAGAAGAGGAUCGACAUCCUGCAAAAUUUCGACGGUGUUGUGCACAAGGGAGAGAUGCUCGUGGUCCUGGGUCCCCCAGGCUCUGGGUGCAGUACCUUUUUGAAGACCAUCUCGGGCGAAAUGAACGGCAUUUACGUGGAGGAUGCCUCCUACUUCAACUAUCAGGGUGUUUCGGCCAAGGAAAUGCACAAGCACCAUCGUGGAGAGGCGAUCUACACAGCUGAGGUUGACGUUCACUUCCCCAUGUUGACCGUCGGUGACACCCUGACCUUCGCAUCACGAGCGCGUGCGCCCCGCGAGCUCCCAGGCGGCAUACCCAAGCAUCUCUUCACCAAUCACGUCCGGGAUGUCGUCCUGGCCAUGUUUGGUAUCUCCCACACCGUCAACACUCGUGUAGGAAACGAGUAUGUCCGUGGCGUGUCCGGUGGAGAGAGGAAGCGUGUGACCAUCUCUGAAGCAGCGCUCUCAGGGGCGCCCCUGCAGUGCUGGGAUAACUCCACUCGAGGUCUCGACUCUGCCAACGCCAUCGAGUUCUGCAAAACACUGAGGCUUCAGUCCGAGCUCUUUGGCAGCACUGCCUGCGUCUCUAUCUACCAGGCCCCACAGACUGCGUACGACUUGUUCGAUAAGGCGGUGGUUCUCUACGAGGGCCGUCAAAUAUUCUUCGGUCCCGCGGAUGAAGCACGACAGUAUUUCGUUAACUUGGGUUUCGACUGCCCGCCACGUCAGACUACCCCUGACUUCUUGACUUCAAUGACGAGUCCUCUGGAGCGCAUUGUGCGCCCUGGCUUCGAGGACAAGGCACCCAGGACGCCCGACGAGUUCGCCGCCCGCUGGAAGGAGAGUGCCGAGUAUAGGAGGCUGCAGGCUGAGAUCGAAGAGUACAAGACUUCUCACCCCCUCGGCGGCCCUGAUGCUCAACAAUUCCGAGCCCACAAGCGUGCGCAGCAGUCGAAGAGGCAACGCCUCAAGUCACCUUACACCCUAGACUAUUGGCAGCAGGUAGAGCUCUGUCUGUGGCGUGGGUGGAAGAGACUCAGCGGUGACCCCGGCCUGACCAUAGGCAUGUUGAUUGGUAACUUUAUGAUGGCUUUGAUCAUUUCCAGCGUCUUUUACAACCUGCAGAUGACGACCUCCAGUUUCUUUCAACGUGGUGCUCUCUUAUUCUUCGCCUGUCUAAUGAACGCAUUCGCUUCCGCCCUUGAGAUCUUGACCCUUUACGCCCAACGGCCGAUUGUCGAAAAACACGCCCGAUAUGCCAUGUAUCAUCCAUCGGCCGAAGCCAUUUCCUCGAUGCUGUGCGACCUGCCCUACAAGGUUUUGAACGCGAUCGUGUUCAAUCUGACGCUGUACUUCAUGACGAACUUGCGGCGGGAACCAGGACCGUUCUUCUUUUUCCUGCUGAUGUGUUUUGUCACGACUUUGUCCAUGUCCAUGAUCUUCCGAACCAUUGCGUCGUCCUCCCGAACUCUGUCACAAGCCAUGGUACCGGCAGCCCUGAUCAUUCUCGACUUGGUCAUCUUCAGCGGUUUCGUCAUCCCAAUUGACUACAUGCUGGAUUGGUGCCGUUGGCUAAACUACCUGGAUCCUUUGGCCUAUGCUUUCGAAGCUUUGAUGGUGAACGAGUUCCACAACCGAGAUUACACUUGCACGCAAUUCAUACCGCCUCCGCAAUUCCCAGGGUACGAGAAUGUGAACGGCACGAAUCGCGUCUGCUCCGCAAUCGGCUCCCAGGUUGGCCAGGACUUUGUGAAUGGCGACAACUACAUCAACAGUGGAUUCAAGUACUACGCGGCCAACAAGUGGCGCAACUUUGGUAUCGUCAUUGCCUUCACCGCAUUCUUCCUCCUCACGUACAUGAUCGCGGCGGAGCUCGUCUCUGAGAAGAAGUCCAAGGGCGAGGUGCUUGUUUUCCGUCGUGGCCACAAGCCUGCUGCCUUCAAAGAGCAGAAAGAUGAUCCCGAGGGAGGCAAGACUGUUGGAUCAUCCGCCAUUGUUGCCCGCAACGAACACACCGACUCCGAUAAGGAGGCUGGAUUCAUCGAACGGCAGACUAGCGUGUUCCACUGGAAGGAUGUUUGCUAUGAGGUCAAGAUCAAGAGCGAGACUAGGCAAAUCCUGGAUCAUGUGGAUGGUUGGGUCAAACCUGGCACACUGACGGCUCUGAUGGGAGUCUCGGGCGCUGGCAAGACAACACUACUCGACUGUCUGGCCGACCGAACUUCAAUGGGUGUCAUUACUGGCGAGAUGCUUGUCGAUGGACACCCCCGCGACAAUUCCUUCCAGCGCAAGACCGGUUAUGUUCAGCAACAGGAUCUUCACCUCCAGACUACCACCGUCCGCGAAGCCCUCAACUUCAGUGCUCUACUUCGUCAACCAGCUCACAUACCACGUGAGGAAAAGCUUGCCUAUGUCGAUGAGGUUAUCAAGCUUCUGGAUAUGCACGAGUAUGCGGAUGCUGUUGUUGGUGUUCCUGGUGAAGGUCUUAACGUUGAACAGCGAAAGCGGUUGACUAUUGGCGUGGAGCUUGCGGCAAAGCCACCCUUGCUGCUAUUUGUUGAUGAGCCUACCUCUGGUCUCGACUCGCAAACCUCAUGGGCUAUCUUGGAUCUGCUAGAGAAGCUUACCAAGAGCGGCCAAGCCAUCCUGUGCACGAUCCACCAGCCCUCUGCUAUGCUCUUCCAGCGCUUUGAUCGGCUCCUCUUCCUUCAAAAAGGUGGCAAGACCGUCUAUUUCGGCGAGAUUGGCGAGAACUCCAAGACCAUGACUUCCUACUUUGAGCGCAACGGCGCGCAUCCCUGCCCGUCCGAAGCCAACCCCGCUGAAUGGAUGUUGGAGGCCAUCGGUGCCGCUCCGGGUUCACACACUGACAUUGACUGGUUCAAGACCUGGAAGGAAAGCCCCGAAUGUGCCGGCGUCCACAAGGAGCUGCAGCGACUAGUGGAUGAGGGUGACAAGACCGAUGCCGAAUCCAGCCCCGUCCACGACAAGACCAGCUACCGCGAGUUCGCCGCACCCUUCGGCAAACAGCUUCAAGAGGUCCUCCUCCGCGUCUUCCAGCAGUACUGGCGUACCCCGUCCUAUAUCUACUCCAAGGCGGCGCUGUGUACCGGUAUCUCUCUGUUUAUCGGUCUUGUCUUCCUCAACGCCCCGAACACUGUUCAGGGUCUGCAGAACCAGAUGUUCGCCAUUUUCAACAUCCUGACGGUUUUUGGCCAGCUUACCCAACAGCAAAUGCCUCAUUUUGUUGUUCAACGAUCACUUUACGAGGUUCGCGAACGACCUUCUAAGGUCUACAGUUGGAAGGUCUUCAUGCUCUCACAGAUCAUAGUAGAACUACCCUGGAACUCUCUCAUGGCUGUCAUUAUGUUCGUCUGUUGGUACUACCCAGUCGGUCUCUACCGUAAUGCUGAGGUGGCAGACCAAGUCCAUGAGCGCGGCGCCCUUAUAUUCCUAUUCCUCCUCUGCUUCAUGCUGUUCACGUCGACCUUUACGGACCUGGUGAUCGCAGGUUUCGAGACAGCUGAGGCCGGAGGCAACAUCGCCAACCUGAUGUUCACGCUGUGCCUGAUAUUCUGCGGUGUCCUCGCCAACCCGGACUCGUUCCCGCGGUUCUGGAUCUUCAUGUACCGACUGUCGCCGUUCACGUACCUUGUCAGUGGUAUGUUGUCGGCGUCGGUGGCCAAUACCUUCGUCGAAUGCGCGUCCAACGAGUUCCUCUCGUUACAGCCUCCCGGUGGCCAGACCUGCAAGCAAUACCUCGAACCCUAUAUCAGCCAAUUUGGCGGCUACCUCGCCGACGAGAAUGCCACAGCCAACUGCAGCCUCUGCCCCACGUCGGACACCAACACCUUCCUCACCGCUGUGGGCACUUCCUACUCUGACCGGUGGAGGAACUUUGGCAUACUCUGGGCCUACAUCAUCUUUAACAUCUUUGCGGCCCUCGGCGUGUACUACCUCGCACGUGUGCCCAAGGGGAAGAAGGUGGAGAAGACCAAGAAGGAGUAGAAGAGGGGUGGAGAGCAGAAAAUAUCGAAAUGUAAUGUUGUCUAAUUUGUUUUGAUUUUGUACAAAAGCAUGUGGACAUGACCAUGUCAUGUGAGAUGGAUUUGCAGGAUAACACUUGUCCUACUGAUGUGAUAUCAUAUCUAGGCAUAUUAUGUGCCACAGCCACGGGAACCUCAAACUGGUUUAUUGUCGUGCCCGGCUAUGAUGGGAGAGGCUUUGAGGGUUUCAUUUUUUCCUUUGCAUUUAUAUACCACAAAACCGCCCUCUCUCAACUCUAUCUGUUUAUUCAUAAUGUUCCGGUAUAGUUCUGUAUCCGUCUCAGUAGCGCGCUAGAGGAUGGGAUUGCAUGGUCACGAGUUCUUUUUUUUUUCUUCCUGCACAUGUGGCUUGAAGUCAAUUAGAGGAUUUUUAAGAUGGAUGGACUGCAAAGCUGUACAUAUCUCAUAGAAAGGACGGGGCAAGAGACCCUUGGGUGGGAGAACACGAUUCGGGAACGACAUCCUACCACGCUGCCAAUGUGACUUGUUCACUUAAGUA